AUGUGUGCAUCCUUGAAAAGUGACAGCCGACAGGAAUUUGCACAUUCUCUCUCAUUAUUCGAGCUCGAGCCCACUGCUCCGGAAGUCCGUCGUAUCAGCUCAGCCUUCGCAGCCGGCGAGUCGACAACACCGUCAACUUUGAAGUCUGCCCAGAGAAAAUCGACCCGACCAACUAGGCGAGAAUUCCUCCGUUUGUCGAAUGGAGAUGAGCACGAGGCCGAACUGUGGUAUAGUCGAGACGAGAGUUUUCGUUUUAUGGGCCUUCCAGAUCUGAUAAUCACAGCGUCCACUCGAAGAGAGCAGAUAACCAGACAGCCUGCUUGCCAACCUUCCAGAGCCCAACAACCAAGUAGCACCGAUCGGUCCAUCCAAAUUAUUGAGACUACCUGGAAACCUCGGAUCUCCUCAGUUUGA